AUGCUCACUGCUUGUCUGUUGUUGUCCACUGCUGCAGUGGUGACAUUGAGCGACAACAGUGUUGAGGACCAUGUGCAGGAAGUGACGAAAACUAAGGUUUCUUACUGCUGA